GUCUUGAUAAUUCUAAAAAUAUAAACCGGGAACUUUUAGAAGAAGGCCCAAAAGAUGAUAAUUACAUGAUAGUUAUGCAGUAUGCAAAACAAGGAAGUCUCCGAAAUUUAUUGGAUCGUAAAUAUUACGACUUAAAUUGGCAGAAUAAAAUAGUUAUCAUACGUUCCAUAGCUUAUGGUCUUCGUGAAAUUCACGAAGCCGAAUUAGUGCAUACAAAUCUUCAUUCCGGAAAUAUACUUUGUGAAAAUUUAUUUGAUUUUUACAUUGCUGAUUUUUGCUUGUGUAAACCAGUGUCUCAAUAUUCAAGUUCUGAAAAGAUUUAUGGUGUACUUCCUUAUAUUUCUCCGGAAUUGUUAAGAGCGUCGGAUAGAAAUGUUCAAAUAGUAUAUACUCAAUCAUCAGACAUUUAUUCUUUUGGAAUUAUUAUGUCUGAAAUAUUUAAUGGGUACCCACCAUAUUAUAAUAUUCCAUAUGAAUCCGAUCUAAAAAUAAGGAUAAUUGAAGGUUAUAGACCUGAAAUCAAGUGUAAAGUUCCUCAGUUGCUUUUAGAUUUAAUGAACAGGUGUUUAGAUGAUGAACCUCAAUACCGGCCAACUGCUAAAGAAUUAGUAGAUAUACUUGAACAACAUAGAAACAAUGUGAAUGAUGAAAACACAGAACUGCAUAAACAAGUUAAUUAUAUUAAUGUUGAAGCUAAAUUUAAAUUGGCACAACUUGACUAUCAGAUACAAGAAGAUGCAGGAAUAAGUAAACCUAUUUGCAUUAUGCAAGAAGAGCUAGAAAAAAGAGAUAGAGAAUUUGUUCAUAAUUCUGAAAGUGUAGGUCAACUAGAAGAAAAAAGUGAUAGCUUAGAAAAAACUGUUUCGAUUAUGCAAGAAGAACUAGAAAAAAAAGAGAAAGAGUUUGUUAAUUAUUUAGAGAAAGAAAACCAACAAGAAAGAAUUAAUAACCUAGAAAAAACUAUUUCGAAUAUGCAAGAGGAGCUAGAAAAAAAGGAGAAAAAACUUUUUAAUUAUUCAGAAAUAGUAGACCAACAAGAAAAAAAAAUCAAUAAUUUAGAAAAAUCUAUUUCGAAUAUGCAAGCGGAGCUAGAAAAAAAGGAGAAAAAACUUGUUAAUUACUCAGAGAAAGAAAAUAUGCAAGAAAAAAUCAAUGAUUUGAAAAAAACUAUUUCCAAUAUGCAAGUUGAGUUAAGUGAAAAUAAAAAGCAAUUAGAAGAAGAAAAAACGAUUAGAAAAACGCUAAAUAGGUUGCAUGACGAAUUAAUUCAAACUUGUGAUAAGAGUGAUGCCAGAAUUAAAAUUUUAUGUAAUAUUGAGGAACUUGAAAAACUUCUAAAGGGUGAACAAUCAAAAGAGGAAUUGUUAAGAGGUCGAAUAGAUUUAUUACAAACAGAUCCAGAUGAAAUAUCAAAUGAGUUGCAUGAAAUACUUAAUAAUAUUGAAACUAUGACAAAUAGUAAACUUGGCACAGAGCGGAAUUUAUUAAAUGAAAUUCUGAAAUUUCAUGGUUACAAAGCAGAUAAUCAGUCAAAACAAGAACAUAAUAAAAUUGCUAAAAUAUGGGGAAAUUUAUCUGGAAGUUCCAAAAUACCUAAAUCAGAUAAGAACAAGAUUAAUGAUAAGUUAGGUAAAUUUUGUUCACUUAUUAAAUUAAGAAAGGAAGCAAUUAGUCAAUAUGAAGACAAAAUAUCUAAUAUAAAGCAUCAAUUGGCUGAAAAGAAAAAACAAGAAAUUGAUGUACGAAUUAAAGAACUUAGAUUAAAUAUUGAAAAAGUAGAAAUCGAAAAAAAGGAAAGAAAAAAAUCAUUAAAGAAAUUAAUUGAUAAAGCCAAAAUGAAGCUUAAGAGCAAAGACCUUCGUCAUAUGCUAGAUGAGGACUUUUUAAAAAAUCAAAAAAAUUGUUAUAAUAUCAUGAAUAAGAUAUUUUCUGAAUAUCUUACUAAUGAUGAAAUAAAAGCAAUUUGUCGAGAACAAGAAAAGAUUUACUUACACAUUCGUCUAGAAAUUGCCAAAAAAUUACAAGAAUGUUAUGACUCAAUUAAACAUAAGGAAAUAAAGAAUAAACAAAGAAAAAUUGCAAUCGGUGGAAUAAGUAAUAUUCUGGGAACAUUUUCUAUUAAAACACCCGGUCCUAAUAUCAACUCUUCCCAAGCAAUAAAAGAAAGUGCUAAUGCUAUUAUUGACUAUUUCGAAAUAACCUAUCAGAAUGAACGUGGUACGGAAUUCCAAAGUUAUUUAGAAGACGAUGGAAACAGCAUUUAUUCUUCAUUUGAAGAAGUUUAUAAUAGUCUAAUUAAAACUAUUAAGAAACAUAAAAGUUUAUCAAUUAUUCCACAAAUUAUCGAAAAUUUAUCAGUGGGAAGUGAGAUAACAAAUCUUAAAUCAUUCAAACUUAGAUAUAACGAUACGAUUUUUAAUAUUAAUAAUGAUUGGGAACAAAGGUAUUUUGAACCAAAUGAGAUGAAAAUCAAAAUCGAUUCUCUAAAAAAAAUACUUGAAACACUAAGUAAAGAGUUAAUAGCAGAAGAAAGUUUUAAAAGUAAUAUUGAAAAUACAUUAUAUCAAGAAGAUUAA